CAUGGCAGUUGGAGCUGGAGGGGAAGCUGCGGCAUCAGAGGGAGACUGCUGCUGCUGCUGCAGGAACAGAUUACCAGGUGUCGCUGGGGAUUUAGGAGUGUGAUCUGCGGAGCGCAAGCAAGAGGCUGACAGCGCUGAGUCUUACCUGAGUGAGAGAGAGGAUAGGCAGUCACCUGAGUGAGUUGAGGACUCCGGUGAUAAGGGGAGACAUUGGCCACUACAGAUCACGCGGAUAACAGUCUCCACAUAGUAACCAGAGCCUGAGCUGAAGCACAUUCAAGGGGAGAUGAAGCAGAGAACACCCCUGUCAUUAUUAAGGGAGGAGUCGGAGAAGCCCUAGUUCUAGACAGCCAUAUUACUAUUAAAACUGUAAAUACCCAGCUAGACCGCACCGCAAAUACCUGCACCCUCACCCUUGUACUCAUCGAUGUAGCAGAUGCUGGUACUCAUCCCCUCACCUAAGGGCACAUAGCAAUGAAAAAAGGACACAUUUUCUGCAAAAAAAAGGCGCCCAACAUUAGCAGAGCUGGACGGCAGCUGUGUGGCAUAUUGAGGCAAGAUGUAGGAGGACACAUCUGUAUCCAAGCAGAGGCAGAGGUCACAGUGUUAGUGGCCGUGCGUGAUGCCUUAUCUGAUUAUCAGGCAAUGGUUCCGUUAGAAGAGAACUUGAAAACCUGUCACAGCUAUUUGACGCAGUACCAAGAGGCAGCCAUAACUGAAUUAUCUUCCGGGAGCCGCGGUUGGAGCGACGGCCGCGUACGGUUGCUUAGCAACGAUGCAACGUCAUCAGUGGAAGCCGUUGACGGAGCCCCGGAGCGCGCGCACCGCAUGCCGCCGGCGUCCGGAAGCAGAUGGAGGGAGACCUUACACGUGGAGUCUAUUUAGGAGGAACACUACAUGAUCACAGUUGGAAUGGAUAGUGCUGAAGAUAUCACCAAGAAUACUUAGUUAGCAUGGUUCCAAACAAUCUUGGAAAUUAAUUUAUGUUUAGACUGAAAUCCAGCAAGGAUUAGUUUCUUUAUCUAGUUGUUUUUAUUAUACAUCAUAUGGUCCUACUCACAAAGAUGAUAUUCAUUCAACUAACAUUGUUAAUAUUGCUAUCUUCAAUCAAACAAGGAGACGGCUAUGCAAUACGGGGCUGUGAAGUUCACAAUCUAGAUCAACCUAAAGUUCUUUGCUACAAGAUGGACUUAGAUCAUGUUCCUGAGCAACUACCACCAAAGACAGUCAUUCUAGACAUUUCUUUUAAUAGAAUUGAAGUUAUAAAGGCUGCAGAUUUUAGCAAUGUUUGUUACAUGGUGGAAUUAAAUAUUUCAACCAAUAUAAUCCAGGUUAUUGAGAUGGGAAGUUUCCAGAAACUAUCUCGACUGGAGCUACUGAACCUCAGUAAUAAUAAAUUAGAAUCUCUAAGUGCUGGCAUAUUUGAAGGACUACAAAACCUUAGUACUCUGUUAUUGGACAAUAAUGGCAUUGUGAUUAUACAGCCUAUGGCUUUUUCUGCUUUAGGAAAUCUAAGAGUUCUUGGUCUCUCAUCUAACCCUCUCCGCACACUUAAAAUUCUAGGUACUAUUUUUCAGCUACACAGCUUGGAAGAGAUUUAUAUUGGAAACUGUAGCCUUGUAUUAUUUUCAUCUUCAGACAUUGAAAAUAUAUCUACUUCACUUCAUAUUAUUGAUGCUUCAAAAAAUGCAUUUUCUGCAAUCAACUUUACAACCCAGAUCCUAGAGAACCUAACUUCCCUGGAUAUAUCAUUUUGUGGACCACCUGUUGUGUGGACAAUACAGGACCCCUGCUUCCUGAAGGGGCUAAAGAGAUUAUUCAUGGAAGGUAUAAAACUGAAACCACCUGCUGUAUCACAAGUUAUCCAUAGCCUGAGUUGCAGCUCCUUGGAGGAAAUUAGUCUUGGUCAUUUAAACCUAGCAGACUCUGACCACAUUAUCCAAGAAAUAUGCCUUAAACACCCCAACAUUCAAACUCUUCAUCUCCAGGGUAAUGAUUACACUAGGUUUACAUCUAAUACAUUUCAAAAUUGUACUUCCUUAAAAAAUUUGGAUUUAUCUCACAAUACAUUUGUCCAUGUUCCUAGAGAAACUUUUUCCCAUUUAUCUUCACUUAAGCAGCUGACAUUGGCCAAUAACAAAUUAACAGCACUUCCAGAUGACUUAUCACAGAUGACCAUUUUGGAAAGAUUAAACCUCAGCUCCAAUCAGCUUACAACAGUCUAUCUUAAUGACACUAAGUCAUAUAGUCAACUAAAAUAUUUAGAUUUAUCUGAAAACAAGAUUUUCUUUUUUCACUCCUCAUCACCUAUAACUUGGAGUCUGCAAUAUUUGAACCUGGGACAAAAUUACCUUUUUGAUAUUUCAGAGUCAUUUGCAGCUAAUCUCAGAAAUCUGCAGGACCUGAUAUUGAGGACAAACAAAUUAAGUUCUAUCACUGCAAAUACUUUUAAAAACUUAACAUUCUUGAAAGCCUUAAAUUUGAUAGAUAAUCAGAUAGAAAUCAUAUACCCGGGAGCCUUCGAAGGGGUUGAAAACUUGCAAACGUUACUACUCGGCAGCAAUAAGAUAACAAGAAAUGAUUUGCAAAGUAAUACUUUCCGGGGACUGAAGUCACUUGUUGAACUGCAACUCUUUAGAAAUUAUAUAGAAUAUGAAUCUUCCAAAAAACUUGAUGUCCCACCUUUCCAAAUAUUGAAAUCUUUAAAGCUUCUUACUCUUAAUAGUCAGGGUCACAAUGGCAUGAGGAAUUUGCCAGUUAAUAUUUUUGAAGGCUUGGUGGCUUUAAAUAAAGUCCUAAUUGGAAAUUUAGCCCUGUCCGAAAUUGACAAAAAUGUGCUUUUAUAUAUUCCACAGCUCAAAGAACUGGACCUGAGCAAUAAUCCUAUCCAGACCCUGCAUAAGAGUCUGUUAGAGCCUGUAUGCAAUUUGACUGAACUCCACCUCAAUCGAAUGAAGCUUGAAACACUUGACUUUAUCAAUUCAUUGAAUUUUUCCAAACUAGUGGUCCUUCGAGCCGCAGGUAAUGAGCUAAGCACGUUCACUGACAAGCAACAUCAGGCACUACCAUCUCUCAAGUUCCUAGACCUACGCAGUAACCCACUGUACUGCAGCUGUGACAACCAAUGGUUUCUAAAUUGGGUACAAUCUGAUGUAAAAACCCAAGUACUCUAUUUUUAUGAUUUUCAGUGUGCUUAUCCUCCAUCCAAAAGGGAACAGAAAUUUUCCACUUUUAACACGGAUUCCUGUAGGCCUAAUUAUGACUUUAUACUCUUUGUGUCCACAUCUGUGUGUAUCAGCAUUCUAUUGGUGUCUUUGACAGUGUGGAAGUUUUUGAGUCGGCAAAUUGUGCACUACUAUUACAUGCUCCAAGGUUAUUUGUACGACAGGAAAUACAAAGGGAAGAAACAAGAGCAUCAGUUUGAUGCUUUCAUCUCCUAUAACUGUAGUGAUGAAGAGUGGGUUUUUAGUCAACUCGUACCAAACCUAGAAGAAACCAAUAACUGGAAGCUCUGUCUUCAUCACCGGGACUUUGAACCAGGAAAGGCUAUUGUGGACAAUAUCGUUGAUAGCAUCUACAGCAGCCGAAAAACAAUUUGUGUCAUCAGUAGACACUACUUAGCCAGUGAAUGGUGUUCAAAGGAAAUGCAGGUGGCCAGCUAUCGCCUUUUUGAUGAGCAUGCUGAUGUACUCAUUUUGUUGUUUUUAGAGAAAAUCCCCAAUCACCGGCUCUCCCCUUAUCACCAGAUGAGAAGAUUGUUAAAAGAGAAGACAUACCUCAUAUGGCCAAAGGAUGGAAAUGAUUUAACUGCCUUCUGGAAUAUGGUGAAUCAAGCCUUGCAGGAUGAUUAAGUGGUAGGAAUGGAUAAUGGGUGUGUACAACUAUGAAAUCUAGGACUGGUCAACUGUCUUAGUUAAGACAUUUUCCAAUGUAGUAAGGAAUUCAAUUAGCACCAUAACAUCUGUUUAGUACAAAUGUUCAAAGCUGUUGAGAGUUCUAUCCAUAUGUACAUUCUAACACAUGACAUCAAAACAAUGCUUAAAAUAAAUAUACUGUACUUAG